AUGCUGUCUCAGCUUGAGGAGCACCGCGGGCUGGUCGCCGGCUUUGUGCCAGACAACUCGUGGCACGUGCUGCUGCCCGCCGACGCGGCCGACGCCGCGCGCGCGCGCCUCAAAGCUGGGGCCUCCCGGCUGGUCCCAAUAGCAGCGCAGGACAAGGUGUCCCCAGAGUGGGCCGCGGUCCAGCAGCUGGUGGGCGACGACAGCGCCAGGGCCGCGCUGCUGGGCGGCGCCGCCGUGUCCGCACUGCUCCGGAAGCGGGGCGUCAACGUCACGCACCACAUCGGCGCGCUGAGCGUCGAGGCGGACGAGGGCCGGCAGCCCCGCGUCCACGUCCGCGUAUGGUUCCCGCGCCCCACCCACGCCGACGCGCAACGCCUCGGCUUUGCCCACACGGGAGACCUGAGCCCCGGGGCGGAGCUGGCCGCAGAAUACGCACACACGCUGCGCAAGUGGCUCUCCCGCCAGCCGUCGGUCCACUGGCUGACCCCCAAGAUGGCCCCCGCCUGGCGCAACCUCGCGGCCAGCGCGGUCGCCCAGGGGUCCCCGGCGGCGGCGCGCCUGCAGCGCUUCCAGGAGGCGGUCGACCCGGGGAUGCACCCGCUGUGGGCGGCAGGGCUCAAGGGGCAGGGGCAGGUCGUGGGCGUGGGCGACAGCGGCGUCGACAUGGACUCCUGCUUCUUUUUCGACCCAAAGGUGCCCUUUGCGCCCAACAUCAAGACAAACGCGGCCGGCGGCGCCAUGUUCCGCAGCGACGAGCACCGCAAGGUGGCGCUGUAUUAUGGCACAGCCAACACCGACACCGUCGACGCCGUCGGCCACGGCACCCACACGGCCGGCACCAUCGCCGGCUCCAGGUAUGACGCCGACGGCAAGCUUGAUUACGCCACAGGCAUGGCGCCGGAGGCACGCCUGGCUAUCCGCGACCUUUCGAGCGGCAAGCAGGGCUAUGUGACGGCACCCGACGAUCUGGACAACGGCUACUUCCAGCCCGCGUACGACGCGGGGGCUCGCAUCCAUUCGGACUCUUGGGGUUCUGACGUCAUCGUGUAUGACUACUCGGCCGCCACCCUCGACCGCUGGCUGUAUGAGCACCCAGAGUUUGUGUCCGUCUUCGCCGCCGGCAACUACGGCGCAGCGGAGCAGUACAGGACCACGGUGACGUCACCGGCCACGUCCAAGAAUGCGAUCGCCGUGGGCGCCACGCUGGCCGCCGGCCUGGGCCUGUCAGGGGAGAGGACGUCUGCGCAGGUGCACUCGCUCUCAAUCAACGUGGUCGUCUCAGGCAAGGACGCCCAGACCCUCACGUACCGCGCCGUCCAGGCCGCAUUCGGCGGCCCCGUCCCCCGCGGCCGCGCGCUCCCGCUCGCUGCCGCCGCCCCCGACGCCGCCUGCAGCGCGCUGGUUGCGGCGCCGCCGGGCUCGCUGCUGCUGGUGCGGCGCGGGGGCUGCACGUUUGCGGCCAAGCUGGAGAAUGCGGCGGCUGCGGGGGCGGUGGGCGUGCUGCUGACCAACGACCAGCAGGAGGGGUACUUUCAGAUGGAGGCCCAGGAGGACGCGGGCGGCCUUGCCAAGCUCCUCUCCUCCCCCGCCACCACCAUGGCCGCCACCUUCGGCGAGCCCCCGCGCGGCCUGCCCGCCUACGAGCACCUCGCGUCGUUCUCGUCGUACGGCCCCACCGCGGACGGCCGCAUCAAGCCCGACGUGGUCGCGCCGGGCACGCUGCUGAGCGCGGCGUCGGACGGGCAGCUGAGCGGAUCAGUGGACGCGUGCGCGACGAGGCGGUCUCAGGGCACGUCCAUGGCGGCCCCCGUCGUCACAGGCAGCGUCACCCUCGUGCGGCAGUACUUUGUUGACGGGUUCUACCCCAGCGGCGCCAAGGAGGCUGCCGACGCUUACACGCCAUCCGGGCCGCUGGUCAAGGCGGCGCUGCUGGGGGGCGCGAGCAAUAUGCUCGGCAAUACAGAGUCUGGCCUGCCCCUGGAGCCCGCCCCCAGCUUUAAGCAGGGAUUUGGCCGCGUCAACCUCACGCGCUCCCUGCCCAUGCGCGACAGCGGCUGGCGCAUGCAGGUCGUCGACAUGGCCGAGCUGUCCCAGGGAUCCAGCCACAAGUACUGCGUCACCGCAUCGGGCGGCCCUCUGUCGGUCACCCUGGCAUGGUACGACUACCCGGGGUCACCCGCCAGCGGCGGCGCCGUCCUCGUCAAUAACCUCGACCUGGCAGAGGUCAAGGCCGCCGGCCUGGGCGGCACCGUGCUGCGCGGCAACGGCUUCGUUGAUGACGUAAACACCGUCGAGAGGGUGGCCCACGACGACUUCCCGGCCGGCAACAUCCAGAUCACUGUCGCCGCCAAGCGAGUCCCCGCGACGCUGGGCGCCCAGAAAUACGCCUUGGUCGUCCAGGGAAGCUUCUCGGGCGUCCUGGCGAGCGCGAAGAAUCCCGCCGCCGCUGGCAAGGCGGCGGCGGCGGCCGGGGCGGGCGCGGGCGGCGAGUGCGUGGUCGCGGUGCCCGCCAUCGACCGCGGCGCGGCGCCGGGGCGGCUGUCGAAAGAGCGCGCGGUGUCGAUCCCCUUUGCCGCUAGAUCGGGCGCCGCGCCGGGCGGCGGGUUCCAGUGCAAGCUGUCGGCGACGACGCCCGCGCCGGCGGCCGCGGCGGCCCUGGCGCACGGCUGGCGGCCGUGCGUCAGCCCGGCCACGUACACUCUCGUUGACGGGCAGUACACAUUUCAGGUCAAGGUGACAGGCGAGGACGCCUACGAUUCCCUCACGUUUGCCAUCGACUCCACCCCGCCUGUCGCGGCCUUCAAAUCCACCCUCCCGACGGUCCCGCCGGGCCAGCCCAAGCUCGCCACGCCCCUUGCAAACGCAACCUUCACUUUCUCCGCGGAGGAUGCGUCCCCGGUCGCAUUCGAGUGCCAGGUCGCGUUCGCCGGCGCCCCAGGGGGCCCGGCCGCGCCGCCGGCGCUGAGGGCCACCUACGGCGCCGAGGAGAAGCCGUACAGGCGGCUUGCGCAGGCGCAGGCGGCCGCCGGGGACGCGCCGCCGCUCGGGGCGUGGGCGCCGUGCGUGUCGCCGGUGACGCUCUGGGGCGUCUCCUACGGCGACUGGGCGGUGUCGGUGCGGGCGACCGACGCGGCCGGCAACGCGGCGCCGACGGCGACGGCGGCGUGGGAGACGCGGUACACUGAAAACCAGGAGUAUGCGCGCGUCCAAGACGGCAGCUUUGGACGCACGAAUUCCAAGGCGCUCAGCUUUCAGGUCGUAUCCUUCACCGGCGGCCCCGGCG